AUGGCAAACUUCACCAGACUCAACGUGUUGACACCUAACCGUUCUGAUUGGAGGGUUUUGGUUAGAGUUGAAAAGAUGUGGGAUACCUUGGAGGCAGAUGUUGGUGAAGGUCUAAGCUUUCUUUUUGUGGAUGAAAUGGUUUGUUCUCGAUCUAUUCAUAUUCAUAUUUUCUCAUAUACAAGUUCUUUAUGUUCCAAAAUCAUGUUCCUAAUUGAAGUUUACAACUCUAACAGGGCACAAAGAUGCAUGCUUUUGUUGAACAAAGUAAUCAGAGGAAAAGGUUCAAGAGAUGUCUUCAUGAAGGGGAAGUGGAAGAUUCUAACCGGAUUUUCCGUGGUGAUGGUGAAUACAGAGAUCCGUUUGACGGAAGCCAGAAACAAGAUUGCUCUCACGUCCAACACCAGCGUCACACCCGCAGAGGACUCGGAUGCUUGGAUUCCGCUUGACAUCGUUCCUUACGACUAUGUUUCGAAUUUUUGGAAUGAUGAACGAACUUCUUUCCCUAGAGGGUUUAUACUUGAAGUUCGUGAGACAAUGCUCAGGGAAGAUGUCUCUAUUCCUAGGAACCCUUUAAACGAUGAUCCAAAGACCACUAACACAAUAGAUUUCACCCUACAGGACAACGAGUAA